ACAAGAAGACCAUCCAAAUCACCCCCGGAGCCUGAGAAAUCCCCACGGCCCCGAUGUCUGCUCCGGCGACCACCACCACCACGGCCACGGCGUACGGUUGCGCGGCGUGCGGCGCGGACCUGAACCUGUCGGCGGCGCACCUGUACCCGGCGGGGUGCUACUUCGAGGCCGGGAACAAGGGCACGCUGUCCUUCUCGUGGGUGGACGAGUCCCGGCUGCGGUUCGCGGCGGAGGACAGGAUCCGGCCAUUCUUCGAGACGCUCGACUACUGGGGCAUCCAGCGGAAGCGCACCCGGUGA